UCCAUCUCGCAUCUCCUUCCCCCACCCUGCCCCGCCAUCCUCGGAUUUUCAGAGCAUCCCAAAACACCCGGUGCACAGAUCAUCAGCACGAGGCAUCGGCGCCGGGAUUCGGAUCCUUCGUUCGAGUCCCCCGCCUGCAGCUGCGGGAUUCGCCGCUCGCCGGACCAGGCGGGUUCUUGGAGCGGCGCAGAUCCAAGAAACGCGUUCCGGUUCGCUCCCCCCUCGUCUUGCCAGGACGGAGCCGUGCCCGAGAGAUUACCGGGGUGGAACAGGUUGGCCGGCCCGGAGCAGAGGGUCGAGCCACGAGCCUAAUGCUCCCAGCCUGCCGAGGGUCGCUACGAUAUAAGCAUCUGAUUCGGCCAGAUAACUCUAGAAAUGAUGGAAGAGGGGCAAUCAGCUACGUAUACUGUGGAUGAUGCACUCCUAUCAUCAGGUUUUGGGAAGUUCCAAAUAUCGAUUCUUUCCUAUGCUGGGAUCGGCUUAAUUGCAGAAGCAAUGGAGAUGAUGCUGUUAUCGUUUGUCGGUCCAUCAGUACAGCUCGAAUGGAAGCUUACUUCUCAUCAGGAAAGCAUGAUUACAAGUGUUGUUUUUGUUGGAAUGCUGAUAGGAGCAUACUCUUGGGGUGUGGUUUCAGACAACUAUGGAAGGAGGAGAGGGUUUCUUUUUACUGCCAUCGUGACAAGUGGAGCUGGAUUCUUGAGUGCUUUUGCUCCUAACUAUCUGUCUUUGAUUACUCUAAGAUUUUUAGUUGGUAUUGGUUUGGGAGGAGGACCUGUUCUCGCAUCUUGGUUCUUGGAAUUUGUUCCUGCUCCAACUAGAGGAACUUGGAUGGUGGUAUUUUCUGCAUUUUGGACUGUUGGGACCGUCUUUGAGGCAUCUCUUGCAUGGACUGUUAUGCCCAAGUUUGGCUGGAGGUGGUUGUUAGCAUUAUCAGCUGUUCCAUCUUUCGUCCUGCUCCUAUUUUAUGCUAUUAUACCAGAGUCACCAAGGUUCCUGUGCAUGAAAGGCAGAACAACCGAAGCUAUGGAGGUAUUGGAGAAAAUGGCUAGAUUAAACAAUAUACAGCUACCUUCUGGUAGGCUUGUUUCUGACAAAAACAUUGAGCUAGAUGAAGUUUCGAGGUCUUCAGAGUCCGCAAUACUUCUGGCUAGUGCUGAAGAAAAUGGCAACAUAAAUGAAGAUGAAGGUUCCAAUUUCGGAGGUAUUAAGUCCGUUGGCAAGCUACUUGCACCAAAAUUGAUCAGAGCAACCCUGCUUCUUUGGAUGGCUUUCUUUGGAAAUGCAUUUUCCUAUUACGGGAUUGUUCUGCUGACAUCAGAGCUAAGUAACGGAAAUAGGAUAUGUGCGAAAGAGGAGGUUGAAUCCAUACACUCAAAUAAUGCAAGCCUCUAUAAGAACGUUUUCAUAUCCAGUUUUGCUGAGAUUCCAGGGUCGGUCCUAUCGGCCAUGAUUGUGGACAGAUUUGGUCGAAAGCUUUCAAUGGCGUCGAUGCUCUUCACUAGCUGUGUCUUCUUAUUCCCACUAGUGUUCUCCCGGGCAGAGAUACUAACAAGAAUCUCCCUGUUUGGUGCCCGGCUCUGUAUAUCUGCCAGCUUCACCAUUAUAUACAUAUAUGCUCCAGAGAUUUACCCAACCUCAGUCAGAACAACAGGCAUCGGCAUCGCAAGCUCCGUAGGCAGGAUCGGGGGCAUCCUCUGCCCGCUCGUCGCUGUUGCCCUGGUGCACAACUGCCAGCAGACGACGGCGAUCCUCCUGUUUGAGCUUGUAAUCUUCCUUUCCGGCCUGGCUGUCGCGUUCUUCCCUUUUGAGACGAAGGGGUGUAGACUCAACGAUACCGAGGUCGAUAUGCAUUGAACUGAUGGGGUGGUGGUACUGUGAGAACAGCUUUUUGUGAGUGCUAUUGGCUGAACGUUUUCAACACGAUGUUCACGAUGAUGUUUUGCCAUUGGAAGUAAAUAAAUCUGCCGGUGAGCUGUUUCUCUCU